GCUGCCACCAAACGCAUCAACUGCCUGUUUACGGGAGGAGCGUAAUCCGUUUCUGGGACAUAUUUAAUAAUAUCACAGAGGAUAUUUAUUUUACUAAUUUUGCUGACUGGUUCGCUGUUACGGGUGCCUUGUGAGCAGCGGCUUAAAGGACUAGAGGAAAUUAUUUGUUUGUGUUUUUUCCAGAAGUUGUCGCACAAGGACUGAAAUCGCACCGCUGCUCAGAUUGAUACUCCGGAAAAAGUGACAUGAAACGCGAGGACAUAUGAGUGAUUAUUUGGGGAACAAGAAAAAGGACAAAUCGGACAACAUUACAAUUCUCUUUUACUCACAGUACUCAUAUGCACCGUGUAAAAGACUGAAGAAGUAUCUGCAACACUUCAGCCACAGAUUUUAGAGCUUGAAAGCAUGGACCUAAACGCACGCGCCUUCCUGCGAGAAAACAUGUUCGGACCACACUGGGAUUUAUGUUUUUAUUGAACUAUUGCAAGCCUAAAAUGUGGAAACGAGGGUCUUGCACCAGAUAGUUCUGUAAGUUAUUUUCAACAUUUAUCUGACACACACAUAGCAGCCGGGUUACAUCACUGACUUUUUAAUGAGAGAAACUUGUGUGUUGUGUUAGUGGUGAACGUUUGGCCUAUAUUUUUCUUUAAUUCAAGAGAGGGAAAAUGCUUUCAACUGUUAAACUGAGCCUCAUCUGUGUGCUGUUGGUCCUGAGGAGCGGUGGGGGUUCCGCCAUUAGCUCAAUAGACACCGACUGGUCAGGAGAGGGGAAAUGUCAACACAUCAACAUCCCCCUGUGUAAAGAUAUUGGCUACAACAUGACCCGCAUGCCAAAUCUCAUGGGCCACGAUGACCAAAAAGAGGCAGCGAUAACGCUGCAGGAGUUUGUGACACUAAUACAGUUUGGAUGCCACAGUCAUCUCAAAUUUUUCCUGUGUUCACUGUACACUCCCAUGUGCACAGAGCAGGUGUCCAACCCCAUCCCAGCAUGCCGAGUUAUGUGUGAGCAGGUAAAGGUGAAAUGCUCACCCAUCUUGGAACAAUUCAACUUCCCCUGGCCCGACUCCCUGGACUGCUCUCGGCUGCCAACUAAAAAUGACCCAAACAACCUCUGCAUGGAGGCGCCCAACAACGGCUCAGAUGAACCUCCCAAAGUCUCUCACACCCAGCCUCCAGACUUCAGGCCACAGCGGCCUCUGAGCGGGCAGGAUGUGCACCUAAAGGACAGCGUCAGCAAGCAGACAUGCAGCAAUCCUGGGAAGUUCCACUUUGUGGAGAAAAGUGAAUCCUGUGCCCCCAAAUGCUACCCCAAAGUGGAUGUGUACUGGAGUCAGGGAGACAAGCAGUUCUCUCUGGUGUGGAUAGCCAUCUGGUCCAUCCUCUGCUUUGUCUCCAGCGCCUUCACUGUGCUCACUUUCCUUAUAGACCCGCAGCGCUUCAAAUACCCUGAGAGGCCGAUCAUCUUCCUCUCCAUGUCUUACUGUGUUUACUCUGUGGGCUACCUCGUCAGACUUUUUGUAGGAUCUGAUAGAAUAGCCUGUGACAGAGACAAUGGCGUCCAGUAUAUUAUCCAGGAGGGUCUGGAGAGCACCGGCUGCACCAUUGUCUUUCUCAUCCUGUAUUAUUUUGGCAUGGCCAGCUCCCUCUGGUGGGUUAUCCUGACCCUCACAUGGUUCUUGGCUGCAGGGAAGAAGUGGGGUCACGAAGCCAUCGAGGCCAACAGCAGCUACUUCCACCUGGCAGCGUGGGCCAUCCCGGCUGUGAAGACCAUCAUGAUCCUGGUGAUGAGGAAAGUGGCAGGGGAUGAGCUGACGGGCAUCUGCUACGUGGGCAGCAUGGAUGUCAAAGCUCUCACAGGCUUUGUGCUUAUUCCUCUCUCCUGUUACCUUAUUAUUGGCACCUCAUUCCUGCUGUCUGGCUUUGUGGCCCUCUUCCACAUCCGUAAGAUCAUGAAAACAGAAGGAGAGAACACAGACAAGCUUGAGAAACUGAUGGUUCGCAUCGGGGUGUUCUCUGUGCUCUACACUGUCCCAGCCACCUGCGUAAUCGCCUGCUAUUUCUACGAGAGGCUCAACAUGGACUACUGGCGCAUCCUGGCAGCGGAGCAGAAAUGUGUGGACAGCAGCGGGCCAGAGUCGGACGAGUGCGUCAUGAAGACUUCCAUCCCCGCUGUUGAGAUUUUCAUGGUGAAGAUCUUCAUGCUGCUGGUUGUGGGCAUCACUAGCGGCAUGUGGAUCUGGACCUCAAAGACACUACAGUCAUGGCAGAACGUGUUUACUAGGAAGCUAAAGAAGAGGACAAGCAGGAAGGCUGCCAGUGUGUUCACCAGCAGCAGGCCUUACAUCAAACCUCACCCAUCUCUCAAAGGGCACAGUACAAAAUAUGAGCCUACAAGGCCCCCUCCAACAUGUGUAUGAGCUGGCUCUCUUUUUAUAAACCCUAAAAUAAUUGUAAAGCCCUUACCUAAGUGAGACUGUGUAAUCAGAGUGCCAUCAAAUAAUCAAGCUUCAUGUUUUAUUUAUACAAACUGCGUUUAAAAUAAUACAACAUGGAUUUUUUUGAUUGUCUUGAGCCAUCUCAUGCAACAAGAACUGCCUUUGUUUAAGGAAAAAAAACUGCUUCUUCUGGGUUCACUUAUCCUACAAAGGAACUUGGUAAAGGGAAAAAGAAAUCUUAUUGUCCCAAGACAAAAAGAGUGGAAUAUACCAUUUGGAUGUGCCAUGGGGUCACUUGAAUAAUGUGCAAUAGAUGUUUUCCUUACAGGCAAAAAGACAGACUACAGACAAUGACAGGACCCCACAGACAAUGAAAGCAUAUGGUCAGAGGGAUAAGUGUUGUUUUUGGAGGCUUUUUAAUGGAAAUCGAGGCAGGGUCAUAAAUGUUUGAACUGGAGUGAGAGCAGCUGUUGAAAAGACCUUCCAAACUGCCCAUUGUGAGGCAAACCCAUGUCAUAAAAUUAAUCAAGCACUCAUUAUUGAAAAGUUAUUUGUACAUUCAGUUAAGUUUCCCAUUUUUUUCUUUGCCAUUUUAAAGCACAAGGGAACAUUUGUAUAUAUUUCUAAAAACUUCAGAUUUUAUAGAAAAAUUAAUAAAACGUUUUAGUUUUAAAUGUUUGUAAUGCCGUAUUUCUGUGUUAAAAUUGUGUUUUUUCUAUCUAAUGGAGUGAGUCUAUUUUAAUACAGCCACAUAAAGCUUCAGUUUUUUACUAUUGCAGCACUUGUGCUUUUUGCUACCAUUCAGUUUUGUAGCAAUCAAAUUAGUACAUCUUAAAAAUUGCAAACAUUUUCCUUAAUUUGUGAAUGUUAUUGAAUGUUAGAGCUGGGUUUAACAUUAUGUUUGUUACUCAGAAAAGAUUUAAAUACAAAUAACGGAGAUGCCAAUGUUUACCUAACCAAAAGGGGACAAAACUAAACAUUUUUGCUUUAACAAUUAUAUUAAAGAUCACUUCAGAUCAGCUCAUAAAUAUUGUACAUACACUGUAUAUUGCUUGCUAUGGGAUACAUGUGCACUUACAUAUUAAAAAGGCUUGUUAUCAUGCUUGACACAUUGACAAUAAAUCAACACACUCAGGAAGAACAAAAAGCGGCAUCCCUCUUCUUGGUUUUUAAAUCUUUGUUAGGAAAUAUUGAGACAAUAAUGUUUGUCCCUCUGUGGCUUGAUUACUAACGGGGAAACAAAAAAAGGACAAACUUAGUAAAAGGAAGUGUCCAGGGUGUCCCAUAUGCUGUUUAAAAUAAGGCCUUAAAGUCACAAAUACAUAGAGUUUUAUAUUUGUUUAAAAUAAAAUUACAUUAUAUUCACAUUUGGUGUAAUGGCAUUAGUUUUGGACACUGUUGGAUGAGAAGAAGCACCUUAAAACAAUGUGCAGAAUUACUCCUGUUAGUCAAGAUUUCAACCAAUAUUCAUGAAAAGGGAAAGUGGUGAUUUCGUCCAAAUGACAAAUAAACAUCUUCAUAGUGUGUUUUGUUAACUAAAAUGUCUAAUUUUAUGUAGCUGUGAUUUACAUCAGGGUGACUUUAAUUAUUAUUUCUGAUAUUUCCCUCACUGCACAUAGUUUUUCACCUCAUCUGAAGUGGAUAUACACCUUCAUUAUAGCCCCCUCUCUCCCUCUCUUGCUCUCUGUCUGUGUUGCAUGUGCCAGUGCGUAUAAAUGAAGGGGUUAUACUAUAAUCCAGCUCUCAUUCAGGACAGGAUUAGACCGUUUGAAGGGUUUGACUUUGAAAAGAGGAUCGCUCCAAACCAAAAAUACAAAAUAUCUGUCAUCUCUUCUCCUCUUAUCAGCACGGCAUAGUGACAUUUCUAAAGACACAUCUGGCCUGGAUUUGAAGUAGUUACAUAUUGACUAAAGCGGCUUUGUGAAGCGUGAGCAAACUGAAUAUAUUGUGUGGUAUCCUGAGAUGUUUGGUGUUAAACAAUGCUUACGCUGUCAACAACUUUAAGGUAUACUUUCUGAGAGCCACAAGUCUAGUCUUGAAUCUUAGCUAUGACAAUUGUUUCUGUCUUGAAAGUGCUGUCAGAGCAAGUACAAGUACAUGUGAGUCAAAACAGCACUACAU